CCCCCUGGAUACCUCCUAGUUCGCCUCCCAGGACUCACGGUCAAAAGAGGAAACAUUCAGACUGGAGGCCCACAGGAACCCAGGACAGCUGGGCUGUGAAAGGCAUGUUUGGUCUCAAAAUGCAGUUGAAGAGACAGAGGAUGUCCACAGUGCGGCCUGACGAUCACGAGGCCUUCAAUAGGCUGCUAGAGGAUCCUGUUGUCCAGAACUUCCUGGCCUGGGACAGAAAACUUCAGGUGUCAGACAAGUACCUCCUAGCAAUGGUUAUAGCCUACUUUGGCCGGGCUGGCCGUCCUUCUUGGCAAUACCAGCGCCUCCAUUUCUUCCUGGCUCUCUACCUGGCCAAUGACAUGGAAGAAGAUCGCCAAGGGCCAAAGCGUAGCAUGUUAACCUUCCUUUAUGGCCAAGACCACACCCAGCGUGCCAAGUUCCAGUGGCUUCGGGCCCAACUCUUCCGGGCCAUUGGUUGGAAGGCAUGGGUUACCCGAGAAGAGUGUGAGGAGAUUCAGGCAUAUCAGCCUGAACAUUGGGUAUGGAAGCGUGACCGGGCCCUCCUUCAGUAGAGAUCCCUAGUAAGCAGCCUGUGAGUGAUGGCUGGAGACAGGAAUAGCAGAGGAGGGUCUUCAUCAGAGUGGAGCAGAGAUGACAUGAGAUGAGACGGUAUAUUCAGCAGUGUGAAGGAGCUCUCACUCCUCCUGCUUACUGCUUAAGAGGUCCUAACCUAGCCAACCUUAUAGCAAAACCAUCAGAUGGACCUAGUCAGCCUAGGCAGAUCCGAUCAGUCAUAUGCCGUCAGAUACAACCAGACUAGAACUAUAACUAAGAAUUUUU